AUGGAUGAACCUAAAUAUGCUGUAGUGCCUGCACAGUUUAGACCUAGCUCUUGUUGCAAUGUAUUGUAUAAAACUAUCACAAAGAUGAUUUGUGGUAGAUUGAAGGAGACCAUUAGGCUACUUGUAGCAGAAAACCAAGCUGCAUUUGUACAAGGCAGGUCACUGGUACCCUACUACUUUGUACAACUGAUAAUGACUUGUAUGACUUCACCUUACUUUACUGUAAAGGUGAAUGGAGAUGGUCAUGGUUUCUUUGCUGGCAAGAGGUGGUUGAUGCAAGGGGAUCUUAUGUCCCUGUUACUAUUUGUGUUGGUGAUGAAGUAUUUGUCCAUAAUACUGAAGACCAUGAGUGAUUUGCCUGAUUUUAAGUUUCAUCCUAUGUGUAAGCACCAGAAACUAACUCAUUCAGUCUUUGCUGAUGACCUCAUGAUAUUUUGCAAAGGUAACAAAGGUUCUGUUUUAAGAGUUGUUGAAGCACUAAAACAUUUUAGCUCAGCUUCUGGAUUGAUUGCAAAUAUGGACAAGUCUAGUAGUUUUAUGGCUGGGGUAGAUGAUGGCACUAGGCAGUCCUUGUUAGAGGUUACUGGCUUUUCCCGAGGUGCAUUUCCUAUCAAAUACCUUGGUCUUUCCCUGUCCCCUAAGAAGUGGAACAAAUUGGAUUGCAAUGUAUUAAUUGCCAAGAUCACUGAUAGGAUUAGGAAUGGGUACUCCAAACAACUUUCUUAUGCUGGAAGGUUGCAAAUUAUUAAUGUUGUAUUAUUGUCUAUCCAUAAUUUCUGGGUACAGUGUUCAUCUUGCCCAAAAGUGUUUUGA